ACCCAUGGACUUCUAAACAUGAAUAAUGAAUCCAUAUAUAGCUUACUAUUGUUUAGAUUGUUUUUAAAAAUUCAUCAAAGCAAAUCUCAAAAUUCUGACGGUAGGCUGCCUGUUUUUUUUCCUCCCACAGAUUCUGCCUGGACCUGCUGAAUAUUUUAAGCAUGUUUCUAUAUUAAGAAUAAAUCUCAAAACUGAAAGCGCAAUCACAGUUCUCACAUUAGCUUGUCAGUCCGAGACCUGGCUACCUAUGCUUGCUCUAAGUGUGUCACAUGCUCCCAGUUGAAGUGGUUCGCAGAGACGUUGUCCCUUUAAGGAGGAAAGAGCGCCAUCUGUCCUCGCAGAUCGGAAAGGCAACAUCAACAUUUUUUUGUCGUAUGCAGACUCGCCUUUGCAUAAAUUAUGUUCAUAACGUAGUGCUUAACGAGCAAUGUUUAUCGAAGCUGGUGGCUUUUUAAUUACAAAGGAAGCAUCGGCAAGACAAUUUCCUUAAGAGUUUAGGACCGCCAAACGUUUCCAUGAUAAUGGUGAAAACUGUGAAGAAAUAAUAAAAUAUUCCUCAAGGCCCAUCUUUUCUAAAAAAAAUCGAUGCAAAUAUUCCUCCGUUAAUCAAUAGACUUGCCGUUCGUCUUAAAUUGAAAACAAAACUCGACUUUUUUUCCCCCCUUGUAACUUGCUUCAAAAGAAUUGUUGGCAAGCAAGCUGGUGAAAAGCGGACAGUUUCCGGGCUACUUUCUGCAGCUGAAAGAUUAAAAACUAACGUGAUGUACAAUGGAAACUGGCAGUCUGACAGAGCAGUGUGACGCUUUGUCUAUCGUUAAGCAGGCCACUGUGAUGACUGGGCAAGAAAUCAUCAAAGUUUCAUUAAGGAAAGCAGAGGUCUCAUCUAAAGCAGCGGGUGAUGUGGAGCCUCGAGGAAUUGUUCUCCCUGCAGCAGUAGUGGGUGAGGAAAACAACGAACACAACGUUUCCACUGAGGCAUCGAGGGUUCCCAGAACUUCUAUGGAGAAGAACCACCACUGUGGGUCGACUGAACACGUGGAGACAACACCACCAUCUGAUCCAACGCCAGUGACUGAAGGGCAAGCAGAACAGCUCCAUCUUCAACCACAGCAGGCUUUGCCGAUCUCAGCACCCACAGUCUCUCAGAUCUUGCCUUCGGAAAACCUGGCGACCGUGGUCAUGGCUUCAACAGGUAGUGUCCCAUUGAACCAACCUCUUCUCAUCCCGCUCAACAUGGCUGGUCAAGUUACUGCCCAGCAGGGACUCGUGUUGACUAUUCCUACAGCAUCCCUUGCUUCUCUCCCAAGCCUUACCUCUGCCACUGGGGCAGGAGGCAUCCUCAAGCUCCCUCUGGCAAACUUGCAGGCUGCUUCAAUGUUGAACCCUGCUCUCCAGCCGACACAGCUUCAACAGGUCUUACAACCUCAGGCCACUCUACAGUCCCUGCCUACAUCCGCUGUCCCUCUGAAACAGCUGGAACCUCAAACCCAGGUCACCUCCGUUCACCAAGCUCAAGGCCUGACUUUAAACCCGACAAUACUUAGUAGUCAACCUUCACUUGUGAGCUCUUUGACUGCUACUCCAAUUAUUGCAAAUGCAGUGCCCAGCUUCCAAGGAAUUACAAGUCAGAUCAUAACUAAUGCACAAGGACAGGUCAUCGGAACUGUUCCCUUAGUCAUGAACCCAGCAACAAUAACAACAACCGACCCAGUGACAGCAGUGGCAGCACAGAGCCUGCAAGUGCAAGCAGUUACUCCACAGAUGCUGCUGAACUCCCAAGGGCAAGUGAUUGCAACUGUGAUCAGCAACCAGUUUGUGCCAGUUCUGAGCCGGCAAGGAGUACCUCUCUCACCUGUAAAAACAACGCAGCAGGUACAAACUCUCCAGACAAUGGCUUCUGUUACGCAACCCAGUGUGACACCAACCACAGCCACUGCACCGACUGAACCGAUUACACCAAGCAGCACUUCGUCCGCUGCCAGUGUUGGACAACUAGUCAGCAAGCCUCAAAAUGCACCCACUGAGGUGGAUGGGAUAAACCUGGAAGAGAUUCGUGAAUUUGCAAAGAAUUUUAAGAUCCGGCGACUGUCUCUUGGCCUGACGCAGACACAGGUUGGACAAGCACUGAGUGCUGCAGAAGGACCAGCCUACAGCCAGUCAGCAAUCUGCAGGUUUGAGAAAUUGGACAUCACUCCUAAAAGUGCACAGAAGAUCAAGCCAGUUCUAGAAAGAUGGCUGACAGAAGCAGAAAUACGACACCGUGCGGGCAUACAGAACCUCACUGAGUUCGUGGGUAGUGAACCUUCAAAGAAACGCAAACGACGCACAUCUUUCACACCACAGGCCCUGGAAAUCCUUAACGCCCACUUUGAGAAAAACACACACCCCACAGGUCAGGAAAUGACAGAGAUAGCCGAGCAGCUGAACUACGACCGAGAGGUGGUUAGGGUGUGGUUCUGCAACAAGAGGCAGACUUUAAAAAACACCAUCAAGAGACUGCAGCAGAAUGACACGGCGGGAAGAGGUUCAGUUGAACAAUUAUCGGACUCCGCAGUAAACGCUGCUGGAACAGGCUGACCUACAGAAGACUCUUUCAGUGAGUUGUUCCAAUGUUUUUAUAAAUAACACUAUGAGGAUCGUUUAGAAGGUAAUGGCCCAGCAGCAAAAGUAGACAUCCCCAGAUCACUGCAUCUCUUCGGUCUACUAAGGCAUAUUGUGGUAUACAGCCACAUGGAUGGAGCCAUUAGAGUGAAUUACAGUAACAUUUAGGAGUAGUACAUAAGCUGCUGCAUAAUUCAUUUUGUAGCACCCACAGUCCUUCAGGUCAAAUGUCACAGUCAGUUAUAGUCUCCCUUCUCCUGUAUCAUGUUACUUCGACCUUCUGAACAACUAAGCAUCUCUGAUACCUAUCCAACUGUGCAAGGUUUGCCUUGAGGGGUCCACACCCUGUAAAAUGAUACAUUGGAGGAUGUUACAAGUUGCAAUCUAGCUUUCCGAGGACUGAACACAUUUAUCCUGUGAGUUCUGAGAUUUGUAUCAGCCAGUUUUGAUCUUUAGUCUAUACCUGGUUACCUGACCUCAAGCAGACAGCUGUAGCAGGUGCUACAAUAGACCUGGGAAUCCCGGAGUUGAACAAGAGGUGGGGAGAACAAAACGCAAUAUGUCUCAUUGCUGCACAAUGAUCAUACCAGAAAUGUGCAUAUGUGGAAGUCAGGUGAGAAACUAGGCUCAACUGUGGCCUUAAUUAAACACACUUCCCAACUGGACUGGCACGAAAGGGUACGGUGAGGGGAUGAAGUGCUAGAAAUGGCAAAAUGCACCAGCUACCAUGAUGUUAAUGACUGCAGGUACUGGAGUGGGUGAGUGUCCUGCUAUGGAGAGAUGGGAGACUUGUGUUGAUCUGUAAAUUGGGGACCUAUGAUGUUGAUUGGAUCCUGGAUUUUAAUUGAUGUACAGGUCAAUAAGAUUGUUUGAGCAACCUUUGGGCAUUGGCUGAUGAUGUGCUGAAAAUAGAGGGGUCUUAAUCUGAAAAAAGCUGCAACACUCAGUUCAUUGUGGACUGUGAUUCAAUGACCACUGUUUGCUUUGAACUGUUUUUUGAAGAGUGUUCACCAGCUCAUUGAAGAAGCUGUUUAUGGAUCUUGCUCCAGCUUCAUUCUAUUGGAGUGAAGAGGAUGAGCAGCUGCACCAAAGGCUCGAUGAGGGAACUGCAGGUGCACCAGCAAUAGAAAGGGAAUGUAUAUUAACUACAGGCCACCCCCACUCUAAUGAGCCUUCAUACUAAGGCUCAGUCUCCUUGGCCUUUUAUUAGGAGCAGUGUUUCUAGACACACAAAAACCUUCUCACUUGGGUUGUGAGAAUUAUCAGGUUCUGGCCGUUCUAUCUCACUAAGGUGCUAACUCGGAAUGCUAGCCUCUGCGCUGGUACCUGAAACACAUGUAUUAUGUGGUGGUGCAUCUUCAGGACAGGUGAUUUCCUCCAAGCAAUCUUCAUCCUCUAAGGUUAUGUUCUGUCAUGGUGAUAUGCAGCACCUGGAAGAUGGAAGAAAGGGUAAACAUUUAGUCAGUGAGAAAAUGUAAAUGUCCAUGUGUAGCAUCUUACUGGUUGAUAAGUCAAAGUGGCUGAACGUGCAGUUGGUUAUAUAAAUUGAAAUCAAUCACACAGCUCGAUGGAACCGCCAACCUUGUCAUCAGCAAUGCUGAGAAUUUAGCUGGGUUCUGUUCUGUCAGGUAUGUCCUCAUCUGUCAGGCUCACUUCAAUUAAAGCUGGGGUUCCCUAUAUUGGUCUUGGCACUGUCCGGAUUACCUUCAUUACCUUCACUCUCCCCUUGUAGCAAGGAUGUUUGCUUCCUCUGAGUGUAGUGUGGAAAGUGAUAGGUAGAAUCAAACAACAACAGAAGAGUGGAUGUCAGGCAGUUAUGGAUAGUGGCCUCAAAAUGCAAACCAGCCAUCACAUUUCCCUACAUUGAAAUAGAGGCUCCACUAAAGAAGGCAGUAAAGCUCUUCAGAGCGACCUGAGGAUGGGAAAGUCACCGUGGAAAUACAAGUUCCUUCUUCCAGUGCAAAUUGAGAAGGUGUGCUGUGUGUGCCUCAGACUUAAUGAGAUUGGGUCAUUGGCAGCAGUGAGGGGAAGGAGAGAGGGGGACAGUCACCCUUGAUGCAGGGUCAAGACUUAGUGUGAAUGCAGUAGGCCAGAAAAUAGAAUGAAAGCAAGUGAUGGGUAGACAAGGACAUGUGCUGACCUUUCCUGACCUUAUCAGGUGAUUAAACAAGUUCCUAUAGUGGAUUCAUAAGCUUGAGUUGGACUAAGCAUGUAAAUGCAGCAGCCAAACAUUUUCACCAUGCAGGUUGAAGUCACAUUUGCACCUGUAUCAUGACAACAAGCUGUAUUUAAAUUACGUCCAGCUGAUGUGCUUCUAUGUCGUGCAGUGCUGCAUUCUCGUAGCCCUGUGCCACCAUUGCACACCAUGUUCCCCGGUUUCAGGUAAAAACUGGGGCCACAGUGUUGUCAUGGCUCACUUGAAGAAUGGCUAUUUGGGUCUGGGAAUGUAAGGGAAACUGUACCCAACAAGGAGUUCAGGUUUCCAGGCCAGGGUGGGAGAAAAUUACAUCAGCCACUUUUAUUCCUUGUGUGGGUUUCACUUUGUAAUCCUCUCAUUUCUCUGCUUUACUGCAGUGAGCAGCGUCCAUGAGCAAGCAUGACUGAGAAGGAUGAAAGUUUACAGGAGGUUCAUUUUUGGUUACAUUGUAAUUAAUGCAAUCAGUCGGAGAAAAGCAUCACCUGCGAUAUUUUGAGAUUAGGUUCAUAAUGUAAAAUUAACAACCCUUCAAAAAGUUAUAAAUAUUCUUUCAAAACCAUGACACUGAUAUCCAAAACUUUAGAAGACCAUCACAGCUCUGACAGCGCAAAUCACCUUCUUAAAACAAUACUAAUGUCCGACUUUGUUCUCUAUCAGGAUAGGAUAGCAUAUGUUCAUCUUUCCAAAUCUGAUUUCCUAUCCAAAUUCAUCCUUUGAAUGAGCUUUCCUGAGCUGGGAAGGUAGGUAAGGCAUUAACUUCUCCAAAUCAACAGGAAAUCCAUUUAUUGUAAGGUGAAACAGUGCCAUGUAUUAGCUUAUGUCCUCUCUGUUGUGAGAUGCUCCACUUAAUGGAGAAAAAUCACUCUUAUUUGGUCAGUCCAAAAUAGAAACUCAUUUAUUAGUAGACAACAUGAGAGUUUAUGGGAUUAAAGUUACAAAGACUGUAUGAAAUGGCUCGAAGACCCAACGAGAGGUAUUAUCUGGAGCUACAUUUGGAAGACACUGAACAGUGGUUUCCUGGGUCAGCCAGCUGUUCAGGCUCGUGGAAUGUUUCACAUGCAGUGGAACAGAUCUUGAUUUUGUGCAAUGGCAGCUCUCCUAAUGUAUUAUUUCCAAUGACGUUAAGUUGCCAAUUGGUUAUCACCAUUUUACACAAAAGCACAAAGCCACAAUUACCUACUGUCCUUUUUUAUACCAUUUCCAGAAAAAUUACAAAUUGGAAUUUUUGAGAAGACAUUUACCAUAUGGACUUCCUAUGGCAUAAUAUGUACAGGGUGAUGCCAUCACACCAACCCUGUAUUGCAGGAUUGCCUUUUCUCAUUUAUAAUAAACCAAAAUACUAAAUAUGUGACAAAGAUGUGACGUGAUUGCAUUUGAGGAGCAAGUAACUGCAUUGGGAAGCCUCCUGGUAGCACCUGAACAUCUAUUGCAGUAGUAAUCUGAUAUUUAUAUACUUUUUUUUAACGGAAAAAAGUUACUAUUUACUCUAAAUGUAAAGUAUUCAACAUUAAAAUGCUAUGGUUCGGAUACUCUGAUUAGAAUAUCUUGCCCCAGGGCCAGGUCAGUAUGUAGCCACUAUCCUUCCUACCAUCGCAGAAGAGACACGAGUUGCAGAUUUUUAUGGAUGUAUGGGUUUAAUGAGGCAACAUGGUUCAUGUUUAUGUGCAUCGUUGGUUAAAUUUGUUUCUGAAUUUUGUGAACAACUAUCCCUCCAUCCUCAGCGUAUGUGAGUCUUUUACAAAUUGAAUCUUGGGGUUUGACCUGAUUCCAACAAGUCCACAUUCAUUGACCAUCUUUAGUUGUCCCGAGGGCAUGAAGAAUUAACCAUACCGUCUGAGACUGGAGUCCCAGAAUUGUUGUUCUGGCAAGAAACUGAGGUACAGUUUACAGAGUUAUUUGGAGACAUGGCAAUAACAGAUAGAAAAGGCUUGCCUGUCUGUCUAGCCUGCCCCAUAUAACUGCAAAGUGCUACAUGUCUCUAUACAGUCACUCCCUACCCACCUGAAGCUGUAUUAUUUCCUGGGAGAAACCAAUUAAAAACCCCAAACAAUUGGGAGAAGGAAGGAAAAUUUGUGCUUGACCCCUCUAGACAAUCAGACAUAGACUAAGAGGUUUCAUCAACUCCAAUUUAUAUGACUGACUACCUACCUUGUGCACAAGGUGAUCAUCAUUGCAGCCCAAAAUCAAUCCAACUUUCUUGGAAAAAAUUAAGUGAGUCAGCAUUCAUUGCACCAACUUGUUCCAUGGUUUCAUUGUUCUCUGGGGCAGAGAGGAACUGCCCAAAGUUCUCCCCAGUUCUGGUCCCACAGAGUUUGGAAGCAUUGACCCUGGGCCUCCCUAACCUGUCAUGUUGAAAUAAUUGACCCAAAUAAACACCAACCAGUUCCUUCAUGAAUCUAUAUUCAGCAAACUGCCAGCAAGCAAGCAGCAAGCUAAGCAAGCAGGCAACAGCAAGCAAACAGCAAGCCAAGCAAGCAGCAAAAGCCAGCAGCAGCAACGGCAGUAUCCAGUGAUAACAACCAAGCAGCGGGCUGAGAGCAUACAGGCGUAGUAGGGACAGCAGGAGGAGCACAAGACUUCUGAAUUGAUUUGGAAACUUAAAGCUCGACUGUAUUGCCAACUCCCACAGCCCCAUUGUGUUGCCACCUUUGCUUAUGCCCCCAAUAAUGCCAGCUUAAUGGAAAAGCUCACUAUAUUGUUGCCACCAUAUUGCUCUCACAAGGCAAUCAGUAUUACUGGAACAGGCUGUUGGAGUCUGCUACAGUCACAGUGGUGCUUUUUGAUGUGGUGCUCCAGACACACUUGGUCCAUUUUCAUCACCUCCUCUCUGAAAGUACUGUCUUUUAUUCUGAUACACUAUAUCAAGAGCCCUUCUCCAAGUAUGAGCCUAAUCAAGGAGUGUUGCCAGCUUAUUUCAUCACAAGGGCAUCAGAGAUCAACUGACUUAAAUGUCCACAAAUAUGCAUUUACCAUAGGAUUGUCAUCAGGAACAGCAGUUCUAUUUAUUUUUCUAACACAGGAAUUCUCAGACUCAUUACCAUGCAUGGGCUGUUGAAAGAUUGGCACAGACCAGGCAUCAAGCUUAGGACUGUCUCAUUUUGUAUUACUGAGCAGAUGCUUAGGCAACAACAAACAUAUUCUGAUGCAGUGGCAUUGUUGUGCAUAAAAUAGUUAUAAAUAAAACACACAAUCAUGGGAUACUUUAUCCAAUAAACCACACAGUAUACCUUUAAGUGAUAUCCUAAAAUCAAGAUCUAAAUAAGGAAAAUAAUGAGUUCCAAUCUAAUUAAUGAGUACAACAUUUUUUUUGCACAGUUAUUUGCUCCUGCGAUAUUUUGGACAAAUUAUAUAUUUUUUCAUGUGAUGUUCAAUGAAGGUUUCUGAAUGCAGUUUAAUUUUAUUCCCUCCUUUCAUGAAAUAGCAAUAAAUGGUCAGCUUUAAAUGGGCUGUGAACUGACACACAGGGCCCCUGAUGGUCAUCUGGGUAAAAGCACUGCACAACAUUGAUCGAAGCCAUUUGGACACAAAGGUUCUCGGUUGAAUCAGCAGUCUGUGUUGAAUUAGCUGAUCUCAACCAGGCAACAGGAGGACCAAGGAACAGCUGGGUGAAGGACAAGACCAAGACAAAGUAAUCUCCUGGUCAAUCUGGAAAUGCACAGAUUCAGGUGUUGGACAAGAACAGGAUCAGUGUGGACUAUGAUGUUGCUGUAUUGAAUAGUCUCCUACAGUUGUGGCUAGGAUUUCCUGAUUCUGUCCUUGCCAACCCACAAUUUUCUGCCAUUCACUUGAAGAGGUGGGAAACUGCAAUUUGGCAAACUCAGAAACUGAAAGCCUGAUACAUCUGUGCAUGUGUAUUUGGGCAAAUUCCCAUCCCACCAAGAAGUGAGAAAUUUUAGGCAAACAAAAACUUCUUGAGGAAGACAAAUGCCUAGGAGUGAUUGUAACGUCACUUCUUGCUCAAUGUAGGAAUAUCAAGGUGUAACUAUAGGUUUGAAACUGUUUCCUCCUAUCUGAAAUUUGCCUAACCUAUGGUGUGAAAUUCCUGAGGUAAUUCUACACUGCUUAUUUUAGGAUAUUAAUAUUGGAGAUAUUUUAUAAUUUUAAUAAAUGCAGUAGUUAAAAUAAUGUUAAGAUUAGACCAAGCCUCUGUUACUAUGGUGGCAGGAAGGAGGCACAAGAUUUUAAUACAAAAUUGCUGAAGGACAUUCAACUUAAUGUUAUGGCAGAGCUACAGAAUCUUUUCUUGGAUGCAAGUAGUUUUCAGAUAUAUUUAUAGAUAUAUUUGAUGAGUUAUAAGUCAUUUUAGGCUUUUUCAGGGUUUAUUGCUGUAAGUAUUUCCAAAGUAAAUCAACUGAAGGAUUUGGGGUAAAAAAGACAGUUGUAUUGAUAUAGCACUUUUCAAAACCAUCAGACAUUUUCAAGUCUGGGUGCCACAGUGGUUAGCACUGCUGCCUCACAUCACCUGAGACCCAGGUUGGAUCCCAGCCUUGGGUGACUUUGUGUGGGUUUUGGCUGUAUGGGUUUCCUCCCACAGUCCAAAGAUGUGCAAGUAAUGGAUUGGCCAUGCUAAAUUUUCCAUAAUGUCCAGGGAUGUGCAGGCUAGGUGGUUCAGCCAUGGGACAUACAGGGAUGGGAGGGUUUGUGUGGACCUGAUGGGCCAAAUGGCCUGCUUCUACACUGUAGGGAUUCUAUGGAUAAGCUCUUUGCAGCUAAUGAUGCCGUGAAGGUUUUAACUAGUGCAGAUUCUAAUUAUUCUGUCAUGUGAAUGAAUGAUCGCAGUCUGUCGACAAAAGUGUGGGAGGGCUGGAGAUUGUACUCAGCCCACCAUGAAGGGGAUUGUAGAUGCUGUACCAAUCUACUUGUUACAAAGGCACCAGGGGUAGCAGUCAGCAUGUCAUCAGAGGGGAAGUAGAGGUUAGAAAGUAGGUUGUGUCCCUGCACAACCUAUGAUGAGAGUGUCGUGGAAGGAAUGUAAUCAGUAUGUCAGAAGGUUGGCUUUGGCUGUUAUGAGGUAAGAUUACCUGAGAUGUAGAACCAACUGCUGACUUCCAAUCAUCUGUUUUACACAAUCGGACAAAGUCAGGAUUGACAGAUCAGUUCCGCUAUGAUGUCUUCCAGUUCAUUGUAUAGGCCCACACACUUUGGACAAGCCACCAGAGGGAGUGGCUAUAGUUCAGGCCUCAAGAUGGACUACUGCGAGUCCACUUUGAUUUGAAAUGCCCAGAGAAAAACAUCACUGGGGAUAUAAGAGGUGUGGUGGGUGUGAUGUGAAACAAAAACUGUGCAUGCAGUUGUCUUUUCCCACUAAGCAAUUCAUGCAUAUAUUAGCUAAUUGGGAAAAUGUGGUCAGCAACUUAAUAAAGGGAGCAUAACGUUCUGAGUUGUGUAUAAUAGGAAAAGACUGAGAAAGAUAACAUGAGGAAAUGAGAACUGUCACAUAAAGCCGAUUAAGAAUAUAAUUUCCUUAAAUAAUAGGAUGGAGAAGACAGUAAAAGUUUCUUAUUGUUGGUUUCAAAUGGGCACCCAUUCAUGCUCAUGAGAUGUCAUUGCUAGAGGUGGCAUAAGCUAUCAGUAGCAAAGCUAUGAGUGAACAUAUGCAUUCAUUACUAAUGAACUAUAUUUGUUAGUUACAUUUCAUAUGCCUAUUCUAUUUAUAUUGCAAGUGCAAAAGAAUUUUUAUUGAAAUAGAAAUUUGUUUUCGUAUUCUUUCAUUUGUGUUUUGGAAUGAUUUGACAAAAUCUGGUAGACUUCUGUUCUGAUUUUAAAGAAAGCAGAAAUGUUGCUGUAAAUCCUCACUCAUAGCCUCCACCUUUGAAGGGGAGUGAAACAACAAUUCAGAUUGACUUACUUUGGGCAGAGUCCUGAAUUUAUGAGGUGAACUACUGUAACAAGUAUUGGGAGCUAACAAACUAUAAGUUGUGGAUAUAGUGAUUGUGGUGGGAUGUGAUCAUUUCUAGAUACAGGAACAACCUGAUUGGCUUUUUCUAAUCCUAUACAAAAAAUAUGGAACGAAAUAUUGAUUCUGUCAAUUACCUGGAUGAAUGAUAUAUAUCAUAAUCUUCGUCUGUUUAUUCCAAAAAUCCCUGAAAAAGCAGAUAAAGAAAUCUGUGCAUCUAUGUCCAUAUGCAUGUACAAAGACAUGUAACAUGGCGAACACAGUGGAGUUUCUUCACAUGUUGUAAACUCCAUGAUUUUAAUAUUUUUUUUCUUGUUGUUGAAGCUAAUUAGUUCCUUAAAAACAUUUUGAUUUCCUUUCAUCGGUUGUGGAAGAUUGCUGAAAUAAUUAAAAUACAUGAUAUGCAGUGAAACCUGUCUUUAUUAGUGGAAAGAAUGCCACAGCUUUCUCAGAUAUGCUGCAGAAGAACUACAUUUAUAUUUUAAGUAAUAUCGAACUGAACCUUUAUAAAGUAUUGAUUUUGCUAAGGGAAACCUCUUUCGAACAGGAAGCUGGCAGCCACGGAGCGUCAGUUUUCACAGAGGCCAACACUCCAGAGAUAAACAAUGUAACUCUAACUUGCUGCAAAUCCCAUCCUGUAAACUACAGGGUGUUUUUUUUUUUUAAGAGCUGUGAAACUGCCUGCAUCCAAGCCCGACUGGCAUGAACCUCUGACGGUAAUUUCCUUCCAAACUCCAGAUAAUCAUAUUUCACUCUGGCCAUAUUAACCUGACUGAAUGCAAUCUCUAAUGUGUUGAAAUCACAGAGCAAUGAAAUUUGUAAAAUGAGAUUUUUUAAAAAAAAACCUGCUGCUCAGUACUCUGAACAACUCAAAUAAAGCAAUGCAGUCAUCAGCGUUCAGUUCAUCAGUAUUGAAAGUGGCAUAUUUGAUUUGCUACAACAUCACACUCCAUUUUUGUAUUUACUAAAAAUUGUAAGUAGUUUAAAAUAUACUCAAAAUAAGAUGAAAUGGAUGAUUAUUUUUUAAAAAUGACUCCCUGACAUGAAAGGGUGCAAUAAGUACAUGAUCUCUUUAUGACUAAUUGUACUGUCUUUUUUCUUUGUUGCUGAGUUUAAAUUCUAAAGAUUGUAAUUAAUAGUCAAAGAAAUCAGUAACAGAAAAAUUCCCCGGGUCUGCAAGCAAUAUAUAAUUGUGAAUAAUGGUCUGCUACUAAUAAUUUGUGGAUAGAAGCUGAAAGAAGAAUAAUAAAGCAUUAUUUUAACAGUA